AUGCGUAUUAUUUCGCCAAGAUUCACAGUUCUCGACGCUUGGAUGAUGAUGCCGAAGAUUCACGCGAUCGUCAAGAAUAUCAUGGCGGGAACAAUCAAAAUACCGCCGUCUGAACACAUGCAUUCUGGAUACCAGUAUGCUUUCUCCGACGAACCUGAAAACGAAAAUCUCAAGUUUCUUGCGGAAUUCCCGACUGAUGAAGAGAUCUCAGAAGAUCUUGCAAUUGCCUAUGAGCGAGCCAAUCAGCUUGCACUUGUCUGUGGUAUGAAUUCACUCAAUUCUCUCAUUGAGAACGUUCUGGGGCCAAAUUUGGAUGAAUCGAUUGAAAAUUCACCUGAAGACUUAUCAGAUAUAUCGGUUUGUGCUACUCAACUCUAUGAUAUUGAAUAUGGAUACACAGCUCGCAACAUUUGCGAAAAGGAAGCCCUUGAAGCAGCUGCACAUUUAACCAAGGAACAGAAUGCCAUAGACAUGUGUCUUGAAGCCUUGCCUGAAGAUGCUGAAAGUGAAUGCUUACAGAAUGCAGCAAUGUCUAUAUCAAAUCUUCUCAAUCCAGCACUACUCUCUUGCUUCAAUAGCUGUAGCUCAGAAUCAUCAAAACUCAAAUGA